AGUAUUUCAACCUCGUUAUUUUCUUACAUCUCAUUUUCCAUUUUUAGGAAUAUUUUAACUCUUGACAAUUUUUGAUAAAGUUGUAUGCCACUAUGGUUUAUGUGUGUAACUAUAGGGAAUUUGUAUGCUAAAAAAGAAACACUAUGGGUUCUUGUGGAUCAUCUCAUGUCAAGCCCAACAGGACAGGGAAAAAGAUAAUAAGAAAGCCAAAACCAUGGAAGCAUCCACAACCAAUAACAAGAAGUCAGUUGAUGCAGCUGAGGGAAGAGUUUUGGGACACAGCUCCUCACUAUGGUGGAAAGAAAGAAAUAUGGGAUGCACUUCGGGCUGCAGCAGAAGCUGAUCUAGAACUAUCUCAAGCAAUUGUGGACAGUGCUGGAAUCAUUGCCCAAAAUACUGACAUGACCAUUUGCUACGAUGAAUCAGGUACCAAAUAUGAACUACCAAAGUACGUUUUGAGCGAGCCAACAAACAUGAUAAGAUUUGGUUGACAACAUUAUUACAUGAAGAAAAUAGAAAGUCACUUUGGUGGAUUAUGUUGUAACGUAACAACAUAAUUAUUCCCCACAUAACCUCUUUUUUCAAGUUUAAAAGUGGCGAAGCUAUAAUUUCUACCUAGAAUGAACCAAUUUCCUUUCUCUUUUCUUCAUUUAUAGUCCCAACAUUUGCUAGGAAUAUUCACAAGGUCUAUGUACACGUCACUUUUUUCAGAUCUCACUUGUUAUGUUAUUGAUAUUGUUGAUUUGCUAGAAAUAUUAGGAGUUGGGACUCACGUACUCCUCGUAGUAUUUGGUUUAAAAUUUACCGGAACAAUGUAAUAAUUGUGAGAAAUUGGAUGUCAAUUCCAAACUUUUUGUUA